UCAGCCAUUCAGGGCGAGGUUAGGAUCGGAUGAUAGGUGCUCGCCAUCUUUUGUUGUAGCCUCCUGGCUGGAUCGGUGACAAGACUUGGGAGCUGGUGUGUGGCCGGUUUGAAUCUUUUGGAUCUUCACUGAGUAUUCUUCUCUGAGCCUGGAUUAAAAUACAGAAAAGGAAAAAUGUUGUCCAGGUUGUUUCGCAUGCAUGGACUUUUUGUAGCCUCUCAUCCUUGGGAGGUGAUUGUGGGAACAGUUACAGUCACUAUCUGCAUGAUGUCCAUGAAUAUGUUUACUGGUAAUAAUCAGAUUUGUGGGUGGAAUUUUGACUGUCCAAAGAUUGAAGAGGAGAUAUUGAGCAGUGAUAUCAUAAUCCUGACUAUUACUCGCUGUUUCGCAAUCUUGUACAUAUACUUCCAGUUCCAGAAUCUGCGCCAACUUGGUUCUAAAUAUAUGCUAGGGAUUGCUGGUCUCUUCACCAUCUUCUCCAGCUUUGUUUUCAGCACAGUUGUAAUUCACUUUUUGGAUAAAGAAUUGACUGGUCUCAAUGAAGCCUUGCCUUUCUUCUUGCUAUUGAUUGAUCUAUCAAAAGCCAGUGCUUUGGCCAAGUUUGCACUGAGCUCCAGCUGCCAGGAUGAAGUCAGGGAAAACAUUGCACGUGGAAUGGCGAUUCUUGGUCCUACCUUCACUCUUGAUGCUCUUGUGGAAUGUCUUGUAAUAGGUGUUGGUACUAUGUCUGGUGUACGUCAGCUAGAAAUCAUGUGCUGCUUUGGCUGUAUGUCAGUACUGGCAAACUACCUUGUCUUCAUGACGUUUUUCCCAGCUUGCGUCUCCCUGGUAUUAGAGCUUUCCCGAGAAAGUCGUGAAGGUCGUCCAAUAUGGCAGCUUGGACAGUUUGCUCGAGUUUUGGAAGAGGAGGAGGAUAACAAACCAAAUCCUGUAACACAGAGAGUGAAAGUCAUCAUGUCACUAGGAUUAGUUCUGGUUCAUGCUCAUAGUCGUUGGAUAGCGGAACCAGCAUCCGAUGACAGCACCUUGGAAAUGCCUAAGUCAGCAUCGGGGCUGGAUGAAAGCAUGCCAAGACGAAUUGAUCCAGAAGUACCACUAUGGCAGUUCUACCUUUCCAGGAUGGUCAGCAUGGAUGUUGAACAAGUAAUCACCCUUGGCCUAGCACUCUUCCUUGCUAUCAAAUACAUAUUCUUUGAGAAGACAGAGACUGAGUCGACGUUCUCACUGAAGAAUCCUAUGUCAUCGUCUUUGCACGUGAAGAAUACUGAUUGUUGCAGGAAUAAUAUUGAAACUACUAGAUUACAGUCAAACUGUCCAGUGAACGAGGAAGCAACCAAUAAAGAAAACACAGAUGAAGUCAUUAAGCCUAUUGAGUGUUCCAUCCCUAAUUCAAGCAAUCGUAUCUCGAAAGCAAAGUUUGUGUUGGGAGACUUCACUCCUCCUAGCUCUUCAUCUUCGGGAACGCCAGAGGAGCUGGAUGCUGAGUAUUUGUUAGAGCCAAGACCAAUUGAAGAAUGCUUGUCCAUACUUAAAAACCCAGAGCAAGGAGCAAAAUACCUUACUGAUGCUGAGAUAAUUCUUUUGGUGAAUGCCAAACACAUUCCAGCUUAUAAACUAGAGAACAUGAUGGAAACUCCAGAGCGUGGUGUAUCCAUACGUCGCCAACUACUUGGUCCAAAGCUCCCAGAGCCCAGUGCACUACAACGUCUUCCCUACCAGAAUUACGAUUACUCACUGGUUAUGGGAAGUUGCUGUGAGAAUGUCAUAGGCUACGUGCCUAUUCCGGUGGGAGUUGCAGGACCACUUUGUUUGAAUGGGAAGGAAUUCCAAGUGCCUAUGGCAACCACUGAAGGCUGUCUUGUGGCAAGCACUAACAGAGGCUGCAGAGCAAUAAGUCUUGGUGGUGGAGCACGGAGUCGUGUGAUUGCAGAUGGAAUGACAAGAGGACCAGUUGUGCGACUUCCUACUGCAUGUGAGGCUGCAGCUGUCAAAUUAUGGUUGGAGAGCCCUGAGGGUUUCCAUAUUAUAAAGGAGAUGUUUGAUAGUACUAGCAGGUUUGCCCGGCUUCAAAAGUUGCAGAUUGGCCUUGCUGGUCGUAACCUUUAUAUCCGCUUUCAGUCCAAGACUGGAGAUGCCAUGGGCAUGAACAUGAUCUCAAAGGGCACAGAAAAGGCUCUUAUCAGACUGCAGGAAGAGUUUCCAUCUGUGCAGAUACUUGCAGUUAGUGGUAAUUACUGCACUGACAAGAAACCUGCUGCGAUUAACUGGAUUGAAGGAAGAGGCAAGUCUGUUGUCUGUGAAGCAGUCAUUCCAGCUAAAGUAGUACAAGAGGUAUUGAAAACCUCAACACAUUCUCUUAUUGAAGUCAAUAUCAACAAAAACCUUGUAGGCUCAGCCAUGGCUGGAAGUCUUGGUGGUUACAAUGCACACGCUGCAAAUAUCGUCACUGCUAUUUAUAUUGCAUGUGGCCAGGAUCCAGCCCAAAAUGUUGGCAGUUCAAAUUGUAUUACAUUAAUGGAAUCAACUGGCCUUGAUAAUGAGGAUCUGUACAUCAGUUGUACCAUGCCAUCCAUAGAAGUAGGUACUGUUGGUGGAGGGACCAACUUGCGACCACAACAAACCUGCCUGCAGAUGCUUGGUGUUCAGGGUGCAAGUAAGGAGGCCCCUGGUGAAAAUUCACGUCAGUUGGCGGAGAUUGUUUGUGGGACAGUAAUGGCGGGUGAGCUCUCUCUCAUGGCAGCUUUGGCAGCAGGACAUCUGGUGAAGAGCCAUAUGAUCCACAACAGGUCAAAGAUCAAUCUUCAGGAUGUCCCUGGCAGCUGUACAAAGAAAGCAGCUUGAUCACUCCAAGAUUACAACCUGGAGGCUAACUGUAAAGACAAACAUCUGGAUAUUGGAAAGUUGUUUUGGAUUUUUCCCUUGUCUAUUUGAGGGGACAGUUCAGUUUUCAGGAUUGCUGAUAUGUUGUCAUAUCAGUCUAGGCAAAAGCAGCAUUGAUUGGACGUAAAUUACACUCAAAGCUCAGAGGUGGUACAAACUCAAACCAUACAGUCAUGCAUAGGAUUGAAUAUCAUGUGAAUAUACACUGAAAGGAGCUGCAAAAUAAUGGACCUUGUGAAUGUUUGUUAUCCCUACAUAUUUGUACCGUCUUAAAACAGUUUCCUCGGACUUUGCAUAAUUUUUUCAAACUUAAGUUAUUCAUAUUUUUGAAAUUGACUUUAUUUCAAAACUCAACUUUUGGCUUGCAGGAAAAGAUUAUUGGAAGGAACAUAGUAACAACAUUUAAUUAAAAGUAACGUGGCUAUGGACAGUUUUCCUCUGUUCAGGUGUGGGGUUAACUGUCAUAAAAUGUCAGGUACUUGGCGUUUUCAAAAUCAGACUUGAAAAAUUUCUUGAUGUACUGCCCAACAUUGCUUUCUGCAAUACAUUCAGAAAAAGGGAAUGUUGUGAUGAAAUGAAAAUCAAAUAGGAUUAUUAUAUUUUUUUCCGAGCUUCAUCCAUUCUAACCCAUCAUACAAUAUAACCCCAAACAUAUUCUAUGCCUACUGGUUUCGAGCAUCGUUGGUAGCGUAUGGCAAAAUCGAACGUAUUGUUUCAUGUACUGUCAGUCUCAAAAGUUAAAGCAAUUUUCAACUGAAAAACUAUUAUAUAAAAAAGGUGCCAAAUUUUCAGUAAUAAUGUACUUCAACUUCUUCAUCUCACUUUAACUUCAUCCAGUAUCCACCAGUUAACUGAAUUAACAUAGUUUAUUGGAUGGGUGUUAGAGACCGAUCUGAAUAGCCAAAAUUAUAUUAUAGCAACUUCUGCCCCAAACUUAUUGAAAACUUUGCAUGAAUAGAAAUAAAACCAGAAACACUCUCCCACCAUUACCAUCUUCUCACCCAUAAACUGCAGCUCCUACAUAAUUUUAGCGCAUCAGUGCUAGCGGACUAGAAAAUUAAGCUACAAAGUUCAGGCACAAAAUCUACCAUUUUAAUGCAUUAAAAAUAAAUCUAUAUGAACUGGUAACUGAAGCCUUGACAUGACUGUUCUGCCACAAUGGCAUAACCAGUGGAGUUGCUGCCUUGCACUGCCUGAGACCCAGAUGCAGUUCUGGUCUUGAGUGCAGUCUGUACAGAGUUCUCAUGUUUUCCUAGGAUUUCCUUCAACAGCCCAGAUUUCUGCAGUGUUGGAGGUUAUUAGCCCUGUAAAUUUGUCCCUAGUAUGUAAGUAAAAGGUAGAAUUUGAGGGAAGUUCAUAAUAAAGGAGAAUGGGAUUAAUGUAAAUUAGUGUAAAUAGGUGGUUGGCACGCUCAGUAAGCGGAACAGUGUGGAUGUCUGAUCCUAUUGUGAUGGCUUCACGUUAAAUAUUCAUGUAUAGAUUUAAUUAUAAAGGGCAACAACAAAACUUGAAUUUUCUCAGUGUUUUAAUUUUUUCAUUUCAGCGCUUGUUCAUGAGACAGAGGCUUUCUGUGUAACUCACUUAAAAAGUAGAAAUUUUGAUGAAAUUUGGUGGAUAUAGUUUUAGGAAAUUUUGAUCCUGUGUUAAUAUAAGUUCCACUGCACAUGAACUAUAUCAUGUUUAAUGUUAACAAUUCUCGGAAUAUGACACACCUGAAUGUUGCCUUUCCCUACUAAUGUUAAGUUUACAUCCCCAAUUGGAUAUAAUCAACUUCAGAAUUUUAUAGAAACUUAUCAAUGAAAACAUUCCAUUCAGCAAGCUGAAGUUUGUGCAUAAUACAACUUUUUUCCUUGUGCUGCUGUGCUUCUGAGCCAUUGUGAAUGAGUUCCUUUUGACUAUGGUCCUCUUGGUAAAAUAGAAUUUCAACAUAUUUUUGUUAACCUUGGAUUUUUUUCAAACUGUCCCACUAGUGCACUGAGACAAGAUACACUUACAUUUGCGUUUCCUCUCAAGAUUACCCUGUUCCUCUGAGUUCACCUAAUUCUUUUGCCAUCUUUGCAACAAUUGACCCAUUGUACAGAAAAGUAGAUUUAUUUUUCAUCCAAAUCUUCUUGCCAGUGAUCUCUUUUUUUAAAGAGGAGUGCAUUAUUCUACCUGUUAGCAAAUGGUUCUUAAUCAAAUGUAAAUAACUUACCACUUUUGAUGUGCCAUUUUAGUAGAAAAUUCAUUAAUUUUAUUUAUAUAAUAUUUACUUGAAAAACAAUAGCUAGCUAUUCAGUAACCAAGGAAGUGAAGUUCUCAGCCACCUGCUUUCCUAUCAUUUGUCCAGCAAAAGAUUUUGCAAUGCAGUUGCUUAAGCGACUGUCCUUUUAUUUUGUCAGAUAUUUAUAGAAUUGCUUAAUACACUAGUCAACUGACAAAAGAUUCAGCUUUCGCUAUUUUAUGAAAUGCAAGCAAAAAUUCAUUUCUUAGUAGAAAAAAUGUAUCUAACCCUUUCCCACCCCACCCCACCCCCCCCCGCACACACUUCACUCUUUCAGCAGUGCCCCUGAAUGAAAACCAACUCCCAUGGCUAAUUUCCUCAAAACUGCUCUUUGAACAAUAAACGUCAUUUGUAACUGGCUUCUGGUGACCACCAAUGUUGUGUACUGUCUAUUGAAUCCCAAAUGUUCAUCAUUUGCUUGAAGCUGUAUCUAAUGUGAAUAUACUGUGUAUUUAUAUUGUACAUUUUCUUACUAAUUAAAUGACAUUUUGUGUUACUUAUUAAAGCUCAAAUCAAAGUAAAUAUUUUCAUAGUGUGCAUAUAUAUUCAUUUGUUUAUAAAAUAGGUAUUUUCAGUUUACUUGUGCUUAGCAUAUUAACCUUUUCCUAAUGAUCAUUAAAUAUUGUAAAAGAUAGAGGUAAAACUCAUUAACUCAUUGACAAAAGUUUAAACUAGAGAAAUUUGAAGAUCUUCCUGCUUGCCUGUAUAUCUUCAUUGUUGCUUUAUUUAUCCAUGAGUUGUAGUAAGAUUGGUCAUCCUCUGACACAUGAAGCAACAAACUUCUCCAUACUCGUGGCUCUGGUAGAAGAGAAAUUUAUAAAAUAUUCAAAUAGACAAACGUGGGGAAAUUAAGACUCCUCUAUAGCCCUGUUGUUGCAGGUCUCUACUUGAAACAUCAACCAUUCAUAUUGAGGCUGCUUGGCCUGUGAAUUCAUCCAGGGAGUGUGUUUCCCUGUGUGUGUGUGUACACACACACACACCCCCCCCCCCCGCCUAUAUGCCAUGACUCAAUUAUGUAACUUUUGUUUUUAGUUGGUCAUCUGUUGCUGUAUUCCCUAAAUUAAUUCACCCAACUUUGCAGCAUUUUCCCUUACUUGUGAUAACAGUAAAUUUAAGAUGGAGCCGAUUAGGUAGAAUGCCCCAAUUAAAUACUUGGUCUGCAAUUUUUUAGAGUCUUGGCAAUUGAAUUGAGCAUGUUCACCAAAACAGUAGUUUGAUAAUUAAUUAAUUUGAGGAAUUGUAGAUUCAGUUAUCAUCUAAGGUUAAUGCUUUUGAGCAGGAGACAGUGGCAAUGUUGUUGGGGAUGAUGAUGCCAUUUUUUGGCCCAUUGAAAUUAAUCAAAUGGAACUCUGAUAUAUUUCUGUACAGUAUGUAAAUAUUUGUCAGCAAUUUUGCAUCUGAAUAAUAAAAUUAUGU